CACAGUCCGCAGUGCGAACGUCUUCGGAGAUAGUCGGUUGAUUGGCACAUCUUGUAAAUAAUCAGAUUUAAACUGGGUGCAUUUGAGUCCUGGCAAUGGCAAGUGACGAGUCUUCGGAUUCCCUGCCAUCCUGCAGCGAGGAAGUUAACGUCGAGAAGAAAAGCGGGUUUGAUUGGUUGCAUUGUGGCUGGUGUCGUGGUAAUUACCACAUCUGUAAUAACCUGUGUCGUUGUUAAACGGAGAAAGGAAAACAGUAAGAGGACAGAGGGAGGCAACAAAAUGUUCAACAGAGAUGAUGACGGCAAACGAAGAAAAUAAAAAGGAUGCCAUGAACAAGGCUGAGAUGCUGAAAACUGAGCUGGAGGAAAAGGUCACUCAGGACAAAAUUGAGUUGAACAAGAUCAUCGUGCAGUUAAAGGCAGAGAAUGAUGCAUUGAACGCAGAGAAACAUUCAGUAGAACAAGAAAGCUCCCUUAUCCAGGAAGAGCUAGUCGGAGUAAAACAGGAGAGGAUCAAUCUUGAGGAUGCAAACGCAGGUCUACAACUGAAGCUAGAGCUAAGCGAGCAGACGAGAAAGCAAAUGGCGAACGAGAUUGGGGUCAUGACCAUAGAGAAAACAUACAUAAAUGAUCAACUCAACGCCUUGACCACUGACAAUGACAGGCUGCGAGCAGAAAAUACAACGCUCAAGCGCCAGCAUGACAGAUUCAAGGACGAACAAGACGAAAUCGUCGAGGACAAGAAUCGCCAGAUCAAAGAGACCGAACGAUGCCAGAAAAUAAUUGUGCAGUUCGAGCACAACAUCGCCGGUCUCAUGAAGGAGUGCGUGUCUUCAAAGGAGGCACUUGAAAGAUCAGUGGUUGAAAUGAAGGUUCUAGAGAAGGAGAGAAAGGAACACAGUGAGUCACGCAUUAACCAUAAGGGCAUACAAACAGUACACUUUUAUUCGAUGAAAGUUUUGAACAUCUUUGUCGUAGAUUAAAUAAAAUGAGUGGUUACAUUUAACGGCACCUAACCAAAACUGCCAAUACCGAACAUAUAGUGCGUUACCUCCUAAUAAACAAAACGGCACAGGAUCAUAUAAACAAAUAUGUUUUUCCUGGCGGUAAAUUUGUUCGUUUCAUUUCUGUUGUUACAAUUUACUGUUUUCACAUACAAUAUAUCCCAAGGACUUUCAAACAUUCAUUCAGUAAAUUCGAUUAUUAUGCCAAGUAACAGAAAUUUCGAUUCGCAGUGGAAAACCUUAAGCGUUCAAUCCUUUUUUUAAGUUGCGCGCACGGUUGUACAUUGCUGAUAUUGUCCAUGUCUUCAA